GACUGCACCUCCUUCAACUCAACGCACCUCGGCACUAACACAACUCCGUAACAACAUCUGGAGGAGGAGGACGGCUGGAGAAACCGCUGGCCACAGCUGCACCGCGCGUUGUUUCCUCUCCUUUUCCUGCGCGUCCCGGAGAAAGUGCCGCGUCCCCGCAGAGACCCAGAAGUUGGCGGAGAGGGAGAGAGUGAGAGAGUUGAGGAAUACAUCUCUCUCUUUCUGUUCUUCAUCACGGUGAGAGUCUGCACGAUAACGACCACUAACAGGGAGGUGAAUGGACCUUCACCGCCCCUUCAAGAUGGACAGCCCCUCUUACCUGCCAGCUCCACUGGCCUCCCCUGCCCUCAUGGUCCUCGCCUCGACCGCCGAGGCCAGCCGAGACGCCUCUGUCCCCUGCCAGGCGCCCAGGCCCUUCGGCAUCCCCGCUUCCAUGGAGAAGGACCUCCACCUCCCCUUCCCUUCAGCUUCCUACACAUUCACCUCCAUGUACCAGCGCCAGGGCCCCAUGUCAGGCACCUUCUCCUCCCGAGACUUCCCGGCCUCCUUACUCCACCUGCACCCUCAGUUCACCCCACCAAACCUGGACUGCUCCACGCUCAGCAUGCUCAACCACAGCGGAGUGGGUGCCUUCCGACCUUUCUCUUCCCCACAAGAGGAGAGGGAGUCUGGGGGUUACCAGUCCGCUUUCACCCCGGCCAAGAGGCUGAAGAGCUGCUUCCCAGAGGUGGAGGGGAAGGAGUUUGACUUUGGCUCUUUGGGCGGCUGCCUCAAAGCUGGGGAGGACUCAGGGAGGAAGCUGUUCUCCAUGUCAGGCCUGCUGUCUGAUGGAGAGGCCUCAUCAAGCCCGGAGGAGCGCAAAGAGCACAGUGAUACCGCUCCAGUGCAGCACAACCUCCUCGUACGAGCUCCAAAGUCUCUCUCUCUUUCUCUGCACAUUAAGCGUGAAGGAGGUUCUCCAACGUCACCCCCUCGACCGGCCGAGGACGCUAACUCUGACCGAUACCAGACGUUUCUUCGUGUGCGGGCCAACAGACACACGAGACUGAAUGUCGAUGACCUCUGCUGGUGCAGGUGCUACGUCAAAUCUGCCCCAUUACGCCCUCACAGCGCAGGAGCCCACCUAGACUGCACACAAGCUGUCAGGAUUGGAAAACUGAAGAGGAGGAAACCAGAGGACGGACAGGAGGGUUCACUGGACUUGGUGCCAUUGGAGAACGAGUGGAACGAGAGGAGAAGGAUACAGAUGUCGUCUAUGGUUGGAGGGUUUAAAGGUGCGAUGCUGGUGAGCACUACUUCCAAGGAGUGUCGAGACAGCGACGCAGACCUGGACGUGGAUGGAGACGAUACUCUGGAGUACGGCAGAGCACAAUACACAGAGGCAGACGUCAUCCCCUGCUCAGGAGAAAGCUCCAAAGAGACGACAGUGAACAGCAGUAUACUGCUUGAUUCCAGAGUAAACCUCAGCUAUUCCAAAUGGUUAAAUGAUGGCAGUCCAUCCACCAGUGGAGAGAAAGUGGACGGCAGCCUCGCAGUUCUGCCCAAAACCUGCAAAAACACUGAGAUAGAGAUGUAA